AUGGCAGGGACCGCCGCCGCCGGCGUCGGCCACGGCGAGGACAAUAUGCGGCCGCCUCCGGACCAUGUCAUGCAGGACAUUGCGGAUUAUGUGCACAACUACCAGAUUGAUUCAGACACGGCGUACGAUACGGCGCGCCUGUGUCUUCUCGACUCGCUCGGCUGUGCGAUGGAGGCGCUGCGGUUCCCUGCGGCGCGCGCACUGUGUGGGCCGGUCGUCGACGGCACGAUCGUGCCGAACGGCACGCGUGUGGUCGGCACAUCGUACGUACUCGAUCCGAUUCGCGGGGCCUUCAACAUCGGCGCCUUGAUCCGCUGGCUCGACUUUAACGAUACAUGGCUCGCGGCCGAGUGGGGCCAUCCGUCGGACAACCUCGGCGCAAUUUUGGCUGUGGCCGACUGGCUCUCGCGCACGAACCAGUCGCGCGGCAGAGCGCCGCUCACGAUGCAGGAUGUGUUGACCGCCGCCAUCAAGGCGCAUGAGAUCCAGGGCAACUUGGCCAUCCUCAACAGCUUUAAUCGCGUGGGACUCGACCACGUCGUUCUCGUCAAAGUGGCCAGCACAGCCGUGGUCUCGCAUAUGCUGGGACUUAGUCGCGACCAGACAAUCGAUGCGAUUUCACAGGCGUGGGUCGAUGGGCAGCCGCUGCGCACGUACCGCCAUGCGCCCAAUGCAGGCUCACGCAAAUCGUGGGCGGCCGGCGAUGCCUGUGCACGUGCAGUCAACCUCGCACUGCUCGUCCAGCGGGGCGAGGGCGGCUACAACUCGGUGCUAACCGCGAAGACAUGGGGUUUCUAUGACGUCCUGUUCAAAGGACGGCCGUUCGAGUUCCAGCGUCCAUACACCUCGUAUGUGAUGGAGAAUGUGCUGUUCAAGCUGGUGCCCGCCGAAUUCCAUGCGCAGACGGCCGUAGAGGCUGCUGUGGAGCUGCACAAGCAGCUGCAACGCCGCGGUAAGACGAGCGAUGACAUCCAGCGCAUCCGUAUCCGCACGCAGGAAGCCGCUGUUCGCAUCAUCAGCAAACAGGGCCCCCUCAACAACUAUGCGGACCGCGACCACUGUAUCCAAUACAUGGUGGCCGUGCCGCUGAUUAAGGGCUCCCUGGAGCCCAGCGACUACACGGACGAGGCCGCGGCCGAUGCUCGAAUCGAUGCACUGCGUGCCAAGACACGUGUGGAGGAAGAGCCGCGGUACACCCGGGAGUACUAUGAGCCCGACAAGCGCUCGAUCGGAAAUGCCGUGUCGCUCGUGCUGAACGAUGGCUCGGCGAUCGACGAGGUCGCUCUGGACUAUCCCGUGGGGCAUGCGCGCCGCCGCCAGGAAGCCGUCCCGUUGAUCGAAGAGAAACUUGCCAAGCACCUACACGGCCACCUGACAGCAGAGCGUCGGGCCCAGAUCUUGGCCCUGCUGACAGACCAUGCUUCCCUGCUCCGAAUGGAGGUGCCUGCAUUUAUGGAGCUGUGGAUCCCGUAG